AUGGACGAUGCCACGUCAUCUUCGAUUCUCUGUCAAAUUUGUAAUGUUCCAGCGCAUGGAGUUCAUUUUGGUGUGCCCGCGUGUCGAGCCUGCGCGGCAUUUUUCAGGUUAGCAAAACAUCGUUUUGUAGGCGAGCGGAAAUGUAAAAUUUCAGAAGGACAAUAGUGAGAAACAGUCAAACAAAGUACAAAUGUCGUGGAUUCGGAAAUGAUUGCAAUGUGAACUCCGAGGGAAGGUACCACUGUCGCUUGUGCCGAUUCAACAAGUGCAUCUCACUCGGAAUGACCACUGAAAGUUCGUUUCUUUUUUUUUCAAAAAUGCACAAUUCAAGAGCUCCUCUAGACGUAAGACUUUUCCAGAUGUCCAAUGGGAUCGGGAUCCACAUAUUAUAACUCUUUUGACCACCGAUCAGAAAAAGGUAUGUGCCCACAUUUUGAGUGAUAAUCAGCUGGAAUAUAGAGAAGAGACAGUGACCAUCCUAAUGAUCCGAAGCCGUUCAAUCCAUUGUUGAAGCCGAAAAGGAUAGUGGACGUCAGCAAAGUGGCAUUGGAAAUAAAGAAAUCAUUGGUGGAAGUGAGUCGAUUUCUCCCCGCUUAUCUUGAAAUGGUUUUCAGGGAAACGAGUACCAGAACACGAAAAUGUACCGUAGUCUGAACAAGUUGGAGCAGGCGGAAUUCGCCCUGAAAGAGUGGAGGACUCAGCAGAAACCGGAGAGCGAGAUGCAGGUCUGCAGGUUUGCGGUUUGAGCUCACAAAAAGAGCCCACCCUUUUCAGGUACUCGAUGAUAUUCCCGUUGCGGACCUUUUCACGUCGGAAACAGAGAAAUGGUCGGAAUCUCGAAAUGGCUGAUGCACUCCUCCGACUUUCGAUCUCUGAAUUCGGAGCAGAAAGUAACCAGACUCUUCCCACUUUCACUUCUCGAAAUUCUCUUUUUCCAGUAUCAGUUCUUCCGAUCAGUCUGGAACUGUUGGAGGAGGUUCGAAAGGUACGAGAUAUCCGUGAGAAUGUUCCAGGAGGACACAAUUCAGAAUGAUAUGGUCAGAGCCAAUUUGAACAGGGAAAACGAAAUCAAUCACAUUUGCAGAAGUUCGCAAUAUCAACAGAACACUUGAUGACGAAAAAAUCGACGAUCAACUUUUCGAAAGUGUCCGACUAUCCUAGGGAGAAAUUAAAAAUGUGCCCCAAUUCUCUAUUUUAAAUGUAUAACAACGGAACAAGUUUCAGGAUGUUCCAAGAUUCAAUGAUGGGCUUCUACCAGCAAGUGGCGAGGCCUCUGCUGGAAUUGAAGCUCAGCACAAUAGAAGUGGCCUACAUUCUUUGUGAGAUUUGCUGGCAAGUUGCUGGUGAGUUCGGAAGGAAAUCCCGGAAACGUUUCAAAGUUUGAGCGUUCAGGAAAGAAUCUUCAAGGAAAAGUGCUGGAGACGAGCGAACGCGUACGCGACGAGUUGGCCGACGACCUUCACAAAUACUACCAGACGACGCAAAGCAGCCAGAACUAUGCGGCAAGACUCAUAAAACUGAUGAAAGUGGUCGGAAUCCUGCUGAAUACACAUCUGGAGUUCAGGAGAACCAUUGAACUCGCCAGUUUAUUUGAUGUAUUCACAAUAGAACUGUCGGAAAAGUUCUCUGUUGGAUCUAACGAAGAUCUGGCGAAUAUGAAUCAAAUGAAAUAAACAUUUUUGCUUAACGUUUUUGCUAAUGGCUUCUUGACCUUCUUUUCUGUUAAUAAUAGAUGUCUCCGUUUCUGUCAGUUUUCGACAUUCUUCGAGGAGAUCUUGCCGUCGCCGUCACUGCCCAUUUGGUUUCUCCUCAUUUUCAUUUCCAUUUCCCUCCCCUUGACCUUUUCUAUUUGUUCUUCUGUCCUCCUCAUCGAUGAAGACAUUUCUUGUCUUCGAUUUCAGUCCGGAGACCUCUUCCUUCGUCUUUCGCUCCUCUUCUGGACAUUCAAAGUUGUGUGAUUAUGUUUGCAUUUCAAUUCGUGACUUGUGACUUUCUCCUUCCACUGAAACACUUCCGCUAUCAGUGCAGAUAAGCGAUCACACUUCCAGCCGGCACGGACUUCAUUUCGGAACCUCUACUUGUAGGGCAUGUGCUGCUUUUUUCAGGUGAUUCUGGAAUCUUGCAAUGUGACCUCUUUGUGCUCUUUGCAGACGUACAGUAGUUGAAAAAUGUCAGGAGAGGUACAGAUGCCUAUCAGGAAAACAGAACUGUGCGAUUCCGGCAGCAGGAAGGCACUACUGUCGUCUGUGCCGCUUCAACAAAUGUGUUUCACUUGGAAUGACUUCCGACAGUAACUCUACUUCAUUUUAUUUCAUUCCUAAUUCAAUGCUCACUACUUCUCCGAUAUUCAAUGGGACCGUGACCCGGAGAUGAUUGUGGCCAACAAACAAAAAGAGGAAGCGAAUGAGGUCCCCUUGUUGAAGGACCGUCAAUUGAGUCAAAGAAGACGGUGGACGUUAGUGUGUCGUCUCGGCGAGAAAUUUUUGAAAAAUCUCGGUGUCUCGCCCUUGUGUCGUCUCGGUUUUUUCUCGUCUCGGUCUCGUCUCGUUCCAUUAUCAUCUCGGUCUCGCCCUUUCUCGGUUCUGUCUCGGUCUCGUCCAGUCUCGUCUCGCCGUGUCUCGGUCGUCUCGCUGUCUCGCCCUUUCUCGUCUCGCCGUGUCUCGGUUCUGUCUCGGUCUCGCCCUUUCUCGGUCGUCUCGCCGUCUCGCCCUUUCUCGUCUCGCCGUGUCUCGGUCGUCUCGCCGUCUCGCCCUUUCUCGGUCGUCUCGCCGUCUCGCCCUUUCUCGUCUCGCCCUUUCUCGCACCUCCAAAAUGUCUCGUUCUUUUCUCGGUGUCUCGGUGUCUCGUCCGAUUAGAAAGUUCAUUUCAUUUUUGAAAGAGUACUUCCAUUUCUUCGCAGAAAAUACACGUAACCAGUGCAUUCGACCUCAAUUUCUGUCAUUUGUUACAAUUUUUGACAUAUUUUCUGAUACAUUUUCAUUAAAAAAAGUACACCGCGUAUCUUACUCAGUCACCUGGAUAUUCAGUCGUGUUGAGUAGGCUGGUCUAACAGGCGCCUGAAAUCGUCUGUUCGACCAGGCUAGAGUUGAGAUUGGAAAAAAUGGAGUGGAAGUUAACUAAUUGGUAGGAGUGUUUCAGAAAAGGAAUAAAGAAAAGGAAAAGUAAAAAUUUUAUCAGACAUAGAAAGAAAGAAGGAGCAAGGGAAAAGCAGAAGGGAAGCACGGAAAAAUAAGCAGCAGAGGAAUCGAACGAGGAUCUGUAAUCUGUUAGCCGAGCGUUUUAAAAUUGCCAGUUGGCCAUUCCGAAUUCGGGGUUGCGGAGAUGUUGCGGAGAUGAUGUGUAAUGGCGAUGAAAAACGGAAGAAGAACAAAUGCUGCACAGCUCACGGUGACUGUUACCGUAACCAUGGCGGCGGGUCUCGCCACGAUUGGAGCCCGCCGUGAACGGGCGGAACGGGCGGGCGGGCGGCUUUUUUUAGUUUUUGAUGAAUUUUCUCCAAAUAUACAUCUCUUUAAAGCGUUUUUCUCCACUUUCUAACUCAAUUAGACCUUUUUACAGAUUCAAGGUGAAGUAAUACGCGAAGAGAAGUCGAUGCGAUGAAAAGAAACGCGUAAGUAAAUGGAAGUAAUGUUUUAUUCAGAAAAUGCACGAUUUCUCGAAGAUUUUCUAAUCUUUUAGUUAAAAAACGUUACUUACAUUACUGAGAAUAUUUUGGAACCAAAAAGAAGUAGAGUGACAGCUCGCUUUCGCGGAAAAACCGAUAGUCUGCCGGAAGACAGUGAAAUUUCGUUGAAAAAAUUUUUUUUUUGCUUCUAAGAACUGUCACCCUAAUUUUUUUUGGUUCGAAAACAUUCACAGUCAUGUAAGUGAACAAUUUAAAUAAAAAAGUAGAAAAUCUAGAGACGGUUUUUGAGAAAUCGUAUAUUUUCUGAAUAAAACAUUACUUCCAUUUACUUACGCGUUUCUUUUCAUCGCAUCGACUUCUCUUCGCGUAUUACUUCACCUUGAAUCUGUAAAAAGGUCUAAUUGAGUUAGAAAGUGGAGAAAAACGCUUUAAAGAGAUGUAUAUUUGGAGAAAAUUCAUCAAAAACUAAAAAAAGCCGCCCGCCCGCCCGUUCCGCCCGUUCACGGCGGGCUCCAAUCGUGGCGAGACCCGCCGCCAUGGUUACGGUAACAGUCACCGUGAGCUGUGCAGCAUUUGUUCUUCUUCCGUUUUUCAUCGCCAUUACACAUCAUCUCCGCAACAUCUCCGCAACCCCGAAUUCGGAAUGGCCAACUGGCAAUUUUAAAACGCUCGGCUAACAGAUUACAGAUCCUCGUUCGAUUCCUCUGCUGCUUAUUUUUCCGUGCUUCCCUUCUGCUUUUCCCUUGCUCCUUCUUUCUUUCUAUGUCUGAUAAAAAUUUUUUUACUUUUUCCUUUUUCUUUAUUCCUUUUCUGAAACACUCCUACCAAUUAGUUAACUUCCACUCCAUUUUUUCCAAUCUCAACUCUAGCCUGGUCGAACAGACGAUUUCAGGCGCCUGUUAGACCAGCCUACUCAACACGACUGAAUAUCCAGGUGACUGAGUAAGAUACGCGGUGUACUUUUUUUAAUGAAAAUGUAUCAGAAAAUAUGUCAAAAAUUGUAACAAAUGACAGAAAUUGAGGUCGAAUGCACUGGUUACGUGUAUUUUCUGCGAAGAAAUGGAAGUACACUUUCAAAAAUGAAAUGAACUUUCUAGUCGGACGAGACACCGAGACACCGAGAAAAGAACGAGACAUUUUGGAGGUGCGAGAAAGGGCGAGACGAGAAAGGGCGAGACGGCGAGACGACCGAGAAAGGGCGAGACGAGAAAGGGCGAGACGGCGAGACGACCGAGAAAGGGCGAGACGAGAAAGGGCGAGACCGAGACAGAACCGAGACACGGCGAGACGAGAAAGGGCGAGACGAGAAAGGGCGAGACGGCGAGACGACCGAGAAAGGGCGAGACGAGAAAGGGCGAGACCGAGACAGAACCGAGACACGGCGAGACGAGAAAGGGCGAGACAGCGAGACGACCGAGACACGGCGAGACGAGACUGGACGAGACAGCGAGACGACCGAGACACGGCGAGACGAGACUGGACGAGACCGAGACAGAACCGAGAAAGGGCGAGACCGAGAUGAUAAUGGAACGAGACGAGACCGAGACGAGAAAAAACCGAGACGACACAAGGGCGAGACACCGAGAUUUCUCGCAUUUUUGCGAGACGAGUCUCGACGAGACGACACACUAG